AUGGAUUUCCUCCGCGCUUGUGUUCUUUGCACCGCUCUCUUCGGGCUCUCCAAGGCUUUUACGCACCAGGAUAUGAAGGACGCGCUGCUGCAGAAGCUUGGCUUGGAUGAAGUUCCUAAAAUCCAUAAAAGGGAUUUGGAGAAUCUGGUUAUUCCGGCGCAUAUCAGAAAUAAGUACACGACUAUGCUGAAGAUGCACCACAGCAGGAGACGCAGAUCUCUGCCCAGCCUGGCUGGCAUCCUGAGGGGAAUCCCUGGCAAUGCUGAUAUUUCUGGGGAGUUUGUGUAUUCUGACACCACUCGGCAAAGCAUUGUGUUCGACAUGGAGUCGAGGAUUCCGGAUAACAGCGAGGUGACCAUGGCUGAGCUGAAGCUCUACCAGCGGGCCUCUUACCAUAAACGCUUCGCGGUGGAGAGGAAGAACCACCGGCCCGUCAACAACGCCCGGGUCAGCAUCUACUGGGUGGAGGUGCUGCCCAACGGAUCCAACCGGACGUCGCUGGUAGACUCACGGUUGAUCCCCAUUCACGAGACAGGCUGGAAGAGCUUUGAUGUGACGCAGGCGGUGCACUAUUGGUCCAAGAUGCAACAGAAAACACCUAUGUACCUGGAGGUGUGUAUCGAGGGCGAGAGACCUGGCAGCUACGCGGCAGAGAUGGCCAAGAGUGUGCGCUUUACCACCCAGGAGCAGACGGACAACACCUUGGGGAAGCCCGAGCUCAUCCUCUACACACUGAACCUCGAAGAAUACGGUUCUCGCGGUGACUGCGACAUGAACCAAAACAAAGAAUCCUGCUGCAGGGAAAAGUACUUCAUCAAUUUCCGCGCCCUCACCUGGACGCAGUACUGGAUCAUCGAGCCGGCGGGUUACCAAGCCUUCAGGUGCACCGGGGGCUGCAAACAACCCAAACGCAACUACGGCUACGGGGAGAGGCGGUGCACGGCGUCAGAGAGCGCCCCGUUACCCAUCAUGUACCUGGUGAAGAAGGGCGACUACACUGAGAUAGAAGUGGCCGAGUUCCCCAACAUGAUCGUGGAGAAGUGUGCCUGCGCCAUGGACAAUGUCUCCGUAGUAUGA